AUGUCAACGAAAAAGCGACCACCAUUCCCACAAAAAAAUGAAGAUUUGGAUAAACUAAUCCAGCAGCGAGAAACUGUAGUGGCCAGUAUCCUGCGUAUUAAAGAAGUAAUAUUGGAGAAAACUUUUGAUUUAAAUCCUGUAGAACUGGACUGUAGGUUGGACAUUCUCAAUUCACAUAUUAAACAGGCCAUGACUUGCCAGCAAAAAAUAGAAUGUAUCAAGGAGUUUGAUGUACUUCGACCAGAUCUAGAAGAAAUCUAUGUUGCUUCAAAAUCAUUGUUCUUACAGGCGUUAGGUAAAAACCUCAAGUCUAGUAUCCCUGAUACUUCGCAUGAAUGCAGCAAUCAUCGUUCCAGGGUGCCAAAUAUGCGUUUACCUAAAUUCAGCGGGAAACAUUCUGAAUACAAAAACUUCAUAAGCCUUUUUGAAAGCUUAGUGCACAAUGAUCAGUCGCUAAGUGAUAUUGAAAAAUUCAAUCAUCUCAUUUCGUGUUUGUCUGACGAAGCGCUUGGUACAGUUAAGGCAUUUCAACUCACUGAAACAAAUUACUCAAAGGCAUUAGCUAGUUUAAAAAGAGUUUACGAUAACACUUGUCUAAUCUUUUUCGAUAGUAUCUCGCAGCUUUUUGAACUGCCAGAAAUGAACAAGCCAUCUGCUUCUGCAUUACGCAAUAUCAUAGAUACUGUUUCUGCCAUAUAUGAGUCCCUAUUGUCAAUAGGAGAUGAUAAGAACAUUUCAAAUGCGAUUCUUAUUCAUUUAGUCAUGUCAAGAGUCGAUGCCGCUACGAAAUCCAAAUGGGAGGAGCAAUUAGAUUACAACAAGCUGCCACUCUGGUCUGAUUGCGAGACUGCGUUAAAUAAGUGA